AUGUCUCUUGUAUUUUCGAAGCAAAAUUAUUCUGCUCCACAUAAUAGUGAUCAGGAGCUUGUUAAACAACUGACUGACUUGAUACGACAAAAUGUUCCAUAUUCCAAAAGACUUGAUGUUUUGGGCAUAUUGUCUUACACAACAGAUAAUGGGUGCGAAAAGUUUAUAAAGAUUGAUUCCUCAUUUUCCGCUGCCAAUGAAGGAGCAUCUGAAAAGCUUAAGAAUCUCUCCGAUUAUUCCACACUAAAUUCUGUUGAGAUUUCUGCUGACCAUAAUCCAACCAAAACUGAAGCUACUGAUGAUUAUUCACAGGAUAUUGAAAGUGAGCAGCAUAGCUCUACUCACUCUCCUGGUGCCUCACCUCCUCUAUUACCACCAUCGAUUAUCCAGGUUGGUAGGGUUGGUCGAACAGAUGAAAAACCUGAUCCUAACGAGUCUGAACACGCUUUAGUCACUCAGCCUUCUGAUGUAUUUCAAUCAACAGAAUGUGACGCAGAUGAUAAUGCCUACCGCCGCUGCCGCAGGAAGUGUCGAAAUCCUAAGCGCCAAGUUUUUGACUCUGAUUCACACGCUGGAGAUAGUGAUGUCGAAGAUGUUGCUACUGACGUCGAAGAUUCAGUUCAGACAUCUAAAUCUCAAGAUUAUAUAGAUAUCGCUGCAAAAGUCCCUCGAAUAGAUCCACAGGUCAUUGUUACUGUCUCUAACUCUUGUAUGAAAGAAAUUCCAUCAGUUACAAAUUCGAAUUCUGACAUUGAUAUGGUACCUAUUUCUUUAAGUAGUAGCUUACAGGAUGUUCCUCCUUCACCUUCGGUUUUAUCUGCAUCCCCAACAGCUGCCAGUGUUUCUUUUGUCCCCAUGCACUAUUCUACUGUUAAUAGGUAUUUAAGUCCACAAGUUACCACUAGUGACGUCUCGGCGUUGGUGAACAACCAAAUAAGUUCUGGCACAAAGUAUGCCAUUUCAGCGAAGUCUUUGGGCUUGGGGGAUAUUGGGGACCUCUGUGGGAUUCUACCGAUAAAUGCUCUCCUUGGAAAAACUCUCAUAUCCGGAAAUGAUACAAAUGGGUCUUCCAAAUUGCUAUUUGCUAACAAUAUUGGUACAGCAGUUUGUCCAAGUGCUUCAGAAACGGUCAAUCCCUCGGGGUUUACUCAGCAAAUGACACAGUGUAUUAGUUCUUCAUCUUGCACAAAUCAGAAUCUUAUAUUAAACUCAAACUUAGCGGCUGCUGUUGCUGCAGCGAUUUCUAACUCUUCAUUUUCACUGUCCAGUAAUAGUAAUCCAGUUGCUAACAAUGGGUCAAAUCUAACUACAAGUAUGCCUACAUUGAAUACUCCUUCAAUAGCCUUAACAGGGCCAUCCGGAGAGAUUCUGGGCACAAUACCAAUAGCGUCUGCUAACUCGUCUCAGAAUAUUAUUUCUUCAGCCUUAGGAAGUGGUGUCGUUCAGCCUUGUUCUAUAAAUAAUUCUCUGACAACAGUUAGUGUUACGCUACCAGCUAAUCCGAUUACUGGUUCUUCGACAGGCUUGGCAAACACACUGAACUGGCUACGUUGUGCCACAGCUACAGUGGACCCUAAUUCACACCACGUCAUCAACAGUUUCAGUCCAGGUGCUAAUGCGUCAUCGUUUUCCGUAACAUCAGGCAAUCCUGUUGCUCUUCUUCAAUCUUUAGUCACGCAACAACAGCAACAGGGAGUACAAGCUCAGAUACAAAAACAGCAACCAUUGCAACCGGCAUUUUCAGUGGGACCUACUUUAGCUUUAAUUGGGACCUUGGGACUUAAUUCUCCAGCAACAUGUUCAGUUACUGGACAACAUCCAUCAGAAACAAUAUUUACAUCUAAUACAGGAUUGUCGACUCCUGUGUCAACAGUUUUACCCAGUACGUUGCAUAAUAAUGCUCAACCAGGUCCCGUUAAUAGCAACGCAGCCUUAGUGGCUGCUGCCUUGCUACGGAGUUUGACCAAUGUGAAACAGUCAAACCAAGAACUAACCGAUUCCAAUACCAUUGAUGCGAAUUCGUACAAUCCCCCAGCAUCUCUAACAUUGAUUACAAACAGCAUUCCUUCCUCCGUCAAUGUUGUUGCCUCAACAAAGGCAAAUAUAAUUGGUUUCGAUGAAUCGGCAGGCCAUGGGAACAACAUAUUGACUAAUAGGAUUCUUCAAUCAACUCUUAACUUAAAUGGUGUUAUUACUUCAAGCCAGGCACCGACUGUUUGUCAUACAGUUUCUACUCCAACACAGAAUAUGCCAACUCGCAAUUCUAUUAUGCUAUCUUAUCCCCGUGGAGGAACAGAAAUGAAUCUCUUACUAACUCCAGCAUCUGCACAUGCAUUUGGUACAUCUCAUUUAACUCCUCUCACAGCUGUCCCUGCAGCAUUGUCCUUCCAGGGUUUACCUACAUCGCAGUCUACAAGUCUAACACUAACUUCACCUGUGUUACUCCAAACUCCAGUUACAUCCACAGUAAUCCAGACUACAGGAGCUAUUUCCGAAAUCACCACCACAACUAAUUCGUAUAUGGUCCCAUCUACCACUUCAUUCGACCAAACAUCACAUAAAACUGAUAAAACUUUGACUUAUGUCACGGAAAGCACUUCAAAAGUUACAUCUAACUCCAGUCAAGCUCCAACUUCAAGUUCUGAUCCUACUACAUCUGCUAUAGACAGAAUUCUCCAAACCAUAAAAGGGUGUAUGAGUGCUAAUGCAAAUCGAGAGUCAGACAAUAAACUAAAAAUACGCAAAAACGAAAGCAACGGAACAUACCAAACCAUCACAGGUGAUGGGGUCAAUAGUAAUCGUGCUAAUGAUACUAAAAAGGCAACUGGAACUAGAUUUCCUCCAGCAAAUAAAAAUAGUCUGUCACUUGAGAAUGAUUGUGUUUCUCGCUCAGCGACUACAAAUGAUCGGUUACCUCUCCCACCACUACAAAAAAGUACUGGAGAGCCAUCGGAAAGUAGUCCGUCAACUCCCAUCAACAAGUUUUAUCGAUGCAGAUACUGUGGGAAAACUUUUAACCGAAAAUUCUGUCGUGAACGACAUGAAAGACUUCAUACUGGUGUGAAACCUUAUUCCUGUGAACUUUGUGAUGAGAAAUUUAUUCGUCUUGAAGAUAAAAAGCGACAUGUUAGAUCGCUACAACAUUACUUUUCUAAUAGAGGGUCUCUAAGAACCAGUGGACUAGAUGAUCAGAUCGAUGGAGGUACGGGUCUAGGUGCUGAACCAUCCAGUGUGCUGCCACUGCUGGCACAAACACUUCAAGGAGGAACGAAUAUAGAGACUUCUGAAAAGGAAACUGAAGAGUUGUGUAAUGGAACAGAUGAACAGAAUUUAAGUAGUCAUUUAAGUGAAAAUGAAUCAGAAGUUGCUGCAGCAGUUGUAGAGUUCGAUAGUGAAUCACGUGAUCCAGAAGAAAAUGAGCACUGUAAUGAUGAUACAAAAAAUGCUUCGCAUUUAACAUUAGGCGACGGAAACCAUAUCAUCCAGAAGGAAGAUCCAGAAGAUAAAUUACGAGAGAUAAAAACCAAAUUGGAGGAACCAUCGGAUGAUCUUUUAACUAAUCUCCGCCUAACAUCUAAAAUACAAUUCAACAAAACUAGAUGUCGAGUAGCUUUAAAAGAAACUCAAACAGCUGUAAAUUCGUCAAAUGAAAACUGCUGUGAACUAAUUAAAGUACCUAACGUUGUUCUUUUUACUACUGAUAAUGCUACUGAAUCAAAGACUACGACCAACUUAUAG